GCGCCCUCCGAGUAAAUGGCCUCUCUGUGUCUCUUACCGAUGUGUCUGUGCGGGUUCGUGCGCGUGAGCGCAGGUGCCCGGAGGCCAAAGGCGGCAGAUGACCCUGCAGCCCGAGAUCAGUGUUGCUCCCAGCAUUGGCCAGAGAAGUCUUUCUGCGGUGGGCGGCAGGCCGGAGACUGACAGCUAGUCAAAGUGCUGAGGAUGAGUGACCGAAGGUUCAGCCCUAAACUGGACAUCUAUGGCACCCUCCCACAGUGCUGGGGAACAACAUGGAAGAACUGAAGAGCGGGAGUGUGGGGAGGGGUGCUAUGAAAUGCUGUCUUCUGAAUGUGAUGUGGGCACUGCACUCAGGAGCUCACACUUCGAAGCUGCGGUUCCCCGCCACGGUCAAGCCAACAAAAGCAGUCAACAUUCGAGCAGGCAGCACUUGGUGAGUUACAGAAAAGGGGGGGACCCUGAAGCUGGAAGGGGGAUGUGUGUUGGGAGGUGUUUGGGCAGGAAUUAAUUGGGGGAAAGUAUGUUCAAGAUGCAUUGUAUACAUGUAUGAAAUUGUCAUACAUACAAUAAAUUCUAAAAAUAUUUUAUGCAAACACAUAAACAAACACAUCCAUAUCAUUAGCAUACAAGUUUACUUUUGUUUUAAUAAAUGGUAAAAUUAUAUGCAUAUCAAAAAAUUAUUUAAAAUAAAAUUCUUUAUGGCUUACUAUCAGUAAUGUUUGAAUUGUAUAUCUAUUUUAUGUACUAUAUACUUGGGGUUAAGAAAAACAUUUCUCCAGCAAAAAAAAAAAAAAAAAACCACACCUUUAAUUCCAGAAUUUAGGAGGCAGAGGCAGUCAGAUCUGAGUUUAAGUCCAGCCUGGGCUACAUAACAAGUUCCAGGCUAGCCAGGUUUGCACGGUGAGAUCUUGUCUCAAAAUCAUGGGGGUUGAAAGUGGAAAAGUUCGAGAAGUCUCUCAGGGCCAGCAUUCCCAAAAUUCUUAGGAUGUCAGCUGGGACAUUUGGAAACUAAAAAUUCUUAUCCCCACAGCAGCUCUACUGGAUUAGGCUGUUGGGAUGGGAGUGGGGGCGGUGAGGCCUGUCUAGAUCCACAUCUCACUUUUUUUUUUUUUUUUUUUUUUUUUUUGGUUUUUCGAGACAGGGUUUCUCUGUGUAGCUUUGCGCCUCUCCUGGAACUCACUUGGUAGCCCAGGCUGGCCUCGAACUCACAGAGAUCCGCCUGGCUCUGCCUCCCGAGUGCUGGGAUUAAAGGCGUGCGCCACCACCGCCCGGCUCACAUCUCACUUUUGAACUCUCUCAGAACAUCCUAGGGCUGCCACGCGGCUCAGCGGUAGAAUAUUACCCAGCACGCCCUGAGGCUGCACACCAGCGCUGAAUAAGGAAAGCAUCCUAUCACAAAUCACUAUAAAGUCUGGCUGAUGAGGUGGUUCAGUGGGUCAAAGUGCUUGCUGAGGAAGUCUGACGGCCUGAGUUUGAUCCUCAGGACCACGUGGUAGGGGGAGAGCUCUGGAGAGUUAUCUCUGGCCUGGGCACUACGGUGUGUGAGAAUGUGCGUGUGUGCAUGCCUGUGUACAUGUGAGCAUGGUGUGUGCGUGUGUUCGUGCGCGUGUGAUGUGCAGUGGGGAGGCAGGCACGUGUGUGCAGGUUGGAAAACAACUCUGUGGAGUCCGCUCUAUUCUACCUUGACAGGGGUUACUGGAAAUGGAGCUCAGGUUGCCAGGCCUGAGAAGCCACAGAUGCCCUGAAUGGCUGUUGUAUUUCACCUACAUUAUGAGCAUUUGGGGUGCAGGGGUGAGGUAGGAAGGCUGACUCCUUCGUCUCUUUUAGGAAGAAAGCUCAUGACUGGUUUGCAUGAAAACUACUGGCCCUAAGAAGUAACCAGAAUAAGAAUAAAAAUAAGUAUACAGUCGGACUCCAGCUAUCGAAACAUUAAACAUUUUAAAUAGAUUCCUUUUUCUAUUUUUUUCUUUCAAGUUUUUAAAAGUCAAAUAAGUACAUGAACUGGUUUUCUCAGGAGCCUGAACAACAGAAGUGUAAAAAAUGAAGUCACCAGCCCUUCGGCCUAUACUGAACACCUCACAAAACAAGGAGUUGUUUCUGGAAACAGAGCCUCCCUUAAUCUGAUGUCAAGAGACUAGGUAAUUGUUUUUCUCAGCAGGACUCUGGGCUAGGGUUUCUCCUGGCCUUCCUAUCUGCCUAGGAAAAGGUGUCUGUGACUCUUCACUCCCAGAGAAAGAAGAAAAGCCGAGGGGAGCAUCUUAAGAGGGGAAGGGUCAGAACACCGAAACCUGCUGGAGAGGGUUCAGAGACAAGGCCGCAGGGCCAGCGCUCUCCCGGGGCUCAGCGGCACAGGAACAAAGGUGCAGAGAGGCCUCUGCGGAAGGACGCCCUGGCGCGGCCCAUGGUCAGCUCCAGCGGCCUCCCUUCGGCACCCAGAGAUGCAGGCGGCGGCGGGGCUGCUGCUGCUGGGGCUGGCUUGCACCGUGCACGGCCUCUGCUCGCCCUCAGUGUUCUACAGAGACUGUUGGAUCCGCCGCUUCCCAGGGCUGCUGCUGGACCUAGAGGAAUCUCAGAGGCUGGGGGCCCAGUUCCUCAAGUAUUACUCGGAGAGCACCGGCCAGAAGUGCAGCCGGAGCUGCUGUCUCCGGAAGGAUGUUUCCUGUAAUGUGGCUGUCUUCUUCCAUGAUCCCAUCCACGACAACGUCAACUGCCUCCAUGUCCACUGCCCAACUUUGGAGAGCUGCAUCCUGGAGCCUGGGACCAGUGCCAUUCUGUACAACAUAACAGCAGGCAUAGAUCCAGAUUUGCUGGUAUUUGAGCAUCCAUCCCCCACAUACCCAAACACCCGCUCCUCGUCUGAUUGGUGGGAUAGACUGCGAAUUCUAAAAGCUCUGAAUAUAGGUAAUAAAGGACUAUACACAGAUAGGACACAGCACAUGCUGCUGUCCACAGAGGCUGCUGUGUCUACUACACAUCAAGAUCUGGGUACAAACACAGGUACCAGUUAUUCCAGGAAGUCAACCACAGAUCUGGGGAUGAGAUUCAUUUCUGUGAAUGUGUCCCCUGCUACCAAGAUCAACAUGGAGUCACCAAGCACAGACUUCACCCAUAGUCCAGAUAACAUGACUAUUUCUCCUUUCUUUGGACCCACAGACACAAAAGUUUCUCAGGUGCCCAGCCAAUCCCGACUCAACAUUAGCAAACAAUUACUGAACAAAACAAAGGGGUCCCACAGUGGAAAUCACACAGCUGAGGAUGAAGUGCCUCAGGAUGGAGCACCAGUGACCGCAGGGGCCUGGCUGGCUUCUGUGACCCUGGGCGCUGCCAUCGUCUGCCUCUGCUGCUGUGUGGUCAUCGGGGCAUCCAGAUGCUGUGGACUGCAGAGGUCAGGAUAAUACACUGGAGGAGAGUUCCUGAAAGCUGGAGCUAGGUUAUGGGCUUUGAGUAUGUUGUCAGCUUUCUCUAAGAAAACAUUUUGGUUAAAAAAAAUAAAUAAAUAAAGCUAUGCCAGAAACCGGA